AUGAGUAAUACGACGAGCCCUCAGCCGAACUGCACUGCCAGGGGAAAUGACGUUGUAAUAACAUUUCCCUUCCCCGAGACAUUCCCCUGCCCCUUCUGCAACGUAGGGGUGCCGUCCAACUGGAUCCGGUCGGCCGUGUACCAGCGGCACGAGGACCUUGGGAAGCAUUUGCGCAUCCACCAUCCCGGCGCAAAAAGAAAGUGGGUCUGCGGGGUGUGCUUCUUCACGGACGACAGUGUCUACGCACUGAAGAAAGUGAGGAAGCACCACGCAGACUCACAUAAAGGUAGUGCAGAGCCUCGUGCCGCUGGGGCGCGGCCGUCGGUCAGCACGAGUAGUAGCAGUAGGGACGGCGGCAGUGCACCCCCGGCUGAGGGUGAUUGCGCCGAGAAGCGACCCCAACCUGACGCGGCGCUAGCUGAGACGACCCAGAGGCCCUCCCCGUCCCCGUUGGAAACGGCAGGGACCACCACGCGUGGAGGCGCGCUCACGCGCGCCGCUAAAUCUACCCCAACCAACUCCCGGACCACCGUGGCGGCCAAAACUAGAACCGCGCCGAAGAAGAAGCCAGUAAUCACUUCAUCGGUGACGGGGAGAAACUUACUGACGAGCUGGGCCGUGAAAACGACAGCGACAAGGAAGAGCGGGACGCCGUCCAGCCCCGCUGAUGGACGACCUCCACCCACGGGGAGUCCCGCCACCCCGCCGACCGUGGACCUCACCACCCCACCAGCGGGGACCGGCGCCGCUAAGAGGACCAGCGGCGGGCCAGCGUCAAUGAGGAGGCCAAGCGGGGGGGUAACUCCCACCUUAACCCCCCCACUAAAAGAGAAGGAAAAGAGCCCGGGGUCAAAGAGAAGGAGUACCCGGGCGACUACGGAGCCUCCUCAACCUGGCCCGCCCCGACGAACCACCACCACCACCACGACCAGGAAGGUGUCCCCCGCCGUCACCUACGCGGAGGUAACCAGGGGCACGUCGACCGUCACCACCACCAUGACCACCAGGAGAAUGGCACGGGCAACCUCCCUCCCGCCCGUGCCGAGGCAAGAGGAAGCCAGGGGCGCGUCCACCACCUUAGCGCCCCCCACCAGACCAGUGACGGCGACGUGCACCUUUGCGACGGCGGGGACACUGACCCUGACGACGACCUCGGUGUAUAGCAAACCGGUGGCCGUCGUCACCGUCGCGUCAAGAAGGAGCGGGGGGGGAACCUCGCCGAGGGGGCACAAGAAGAGGAUCCAGCAGGACACGGUGCUCCUGGAGUCCGCGCCGACGACCAGGGCGCGGGCUGCCAGGGCAACCACGGAGCCCCCUCGGACCCCCCCCAGGACAAGGAACCAGGGAAAGAGGAGCCCGCCAACGGGAUGUGCGACGGUGAGCGACAUGGCCACCCAGAAGACGCCGGAGGAGCGCCCUGUAACGAGAAGGAGUACCCGGGCGAAGACUCUGUCGCCCGGGUCGACACUAGUGAAGAUGAUGAAGGGGGACGGACCUUCCACCCUACCGUCCCCCAUUACAGGGCGCACCGGGAGAAGGAAUCUUCUCCCUGCUAUAGCCGAGGCGUCGCCAGCUAUACCAGCGGCGCCGGUGGAGGCACCGAAGAGUAGAGGAGGAGGAGGAAGAAGAAGAGAAGUAGAUGAAGAGGAGGAGGAUUGGCGGGACGUCACGCCGCGGAACAUGAGGAGAAGGGCUGGGCGGCAACAAGAGGAGGGAGCAUUGACGACCCCGUCACCGAAGACGCCGGCGCGGCAGCCACGGCAGCAACAACAAGUGCAACACGAAGAGGAAGUGGUCCGGGGGCCACGCGUGGUUAAGUGA